AUGCUUAUUUUAGGCAAUGGAAUGCAAUGGAACAGAACAGGAGUUCGUGUUGCUGGUGACGGGACAGAAGGAUCAGGCGCUGCUCAACUUAAAGAGCCUAGAUGUGUCUAUGUCGAUGCUAAUGAUACAGUAUACGUGUGUGACACUGUGAACGGCCGCAUUCAAAAAUGGCCGAAAGGAGCUACGACUGGUACCACAGUGGCUGGUGGUAGUGAAGGAGCAAGCUCGAAUCAACUUAAAAUGCCACUCGGACUUACUUUUGAUAAGAAUGGUAUUUUGUAUGUUGCUGACACAGAAAACCACCGCAUACAGAAAUUUUCACCUGGCUCAGCCAGUGGCACUACUCUGGUUGGAAGUUCUCUUAACAAACCCUAUGGCGUAGCAGUUGAUGGAAAUAACAACCUUUAUAUAACUGAUCAUGAUAAUCUAAAAGUGAAGCGAUAUAAUAUAAAUACAUCAACAUUGACGGAUGUUUUCAGUUCUUCCAAUAAACCUUAUGGAAUCGCAUUUCUUUCGAAUUCAUCGAAUCAAUUUUAUGUCAGUUUUGACAGCUCUCCAGCUUUGGAGCUCUGGACAGUGGGAGUCUCUGGUGCUACUGCAACUCUAGGUAGUAGUAGCACUCAUGUGGAGCCUAAGUCAAUUGCUGUCGAUCGGUAUAAUAAUGUCUACGUAGCGGACAAAGGAAAAACACAAAUAACAAUGUAUUGUGCUAAUUCAGGAAGCGUUAAAACAAUUGUUGGAGGCUCCUCAAACACUAGCCCAAGCCUUGACGAACCUGCAGGAGUAGCUUUCGACGCGAACAUGAACUUAUAUGUGACUUAUAAAUCUCUUGCUUCAGUGUACAAGUUUUCACUUAUAUGA